UCAAACAAAAGACUUAAAACAUAUAUUGAUAUGUUAAAACAUAUUCAAACCUAGCAUAACCGUUAAUCAGUUAUAGAAUUUAUAUGGAGCUUCACGAAGAAAAGAUGAGUUUCGAUGAAAGAAAUUUUAGCGCAUACCUUAACAGAUCAUACAGUGACGGUUUUUCUCCGCCUCCUGAUAUUUGUGGAAAACAGAGGAAUUCCAAUGGAUAUUUACACCCUUGUUAUCGUAAUAAAAAGGGUAUAUCUUCCAAACAUGAUUAUCUCAGUGUACAGGGAUCUAUCAGAGAAGAAUCGCAAGUUGAUAAAGUAUCAGACAAAUCUCCCAAUUUGCCACACAGCAAAUACAUCACAAACAAAGAGGAGGUUACUGAACUUGAUGAUGUUCGAAUAUAUUAUGAAAUAGCAGAUUCAACCAAACUUAGAACGUCUGGGCAGUCCGACGUCAAAUGUUUUGACCAAAAAGAAUAUGUACUAAGACCAGCAGAUGACUCCUGCUUGCCGCAAGACAAAGAAGCAAAAAAAACAUCUGCAAACUCUCCUUGUUCUCCCUGUAGAAUGAUUAUUCUUGCUGCAAUAAUAAUAAUAAUACUCCUGAUUGGCCUUGGCUGUGCAGCUUAUUUCUUAUGGCUAAGAAAUACCAAUGAAAAGAGUAUCCCGUCAGAAGCACCGAGUUUAACUACGGAAACCGUCUGUUCACCUACUGAUAGAACGAUUCUUCACCUCAAUCCUGAUCAAAUAGCUGAAGUUAAAAGAAAGUUGUUGCCACAUAAUUGCGAAGCCUAUGUUGGUUACCCUGCAGGAGACCUAAGCAUUGAAAUUUUGAAGUCAGGAGAGCUGGAGUUCAAAAAAUUAGACGUUAUCAUUGAAAACACAGUGGACAACAGGACGUCAUGCGAAAUUCAUAGAAAAAUAGAUUUUAGAAUAGUAUUUACAUCUGAUAUGGAGAAGGCUAUCAUCAGAUGUUCAGUAAUUAAUAAACACUUCCCGGAUUCUCCAGCCUUUUAUUCAAAAAAUGAAACAGUUCGUCUAAUACCAGGUGAUUCGUGUAAAGAUAACACUGUAUCCCAAAGCUACCGUGUACAUCCUACAAACUGUCAGUAUUAUAUUGAAUGCCAGUACAUAGAACCCUAUGGUCGUGCAUGUCAGUACGGCUAUUGUUUUGGAAUAUACACAGUAGAAACAUGCACUCCAUGCAAUAGUGUUAUAUGUCUAGAAACAAGUAAGAAAGUGUUCGCAUAA